AUCUAGUUUAUAAAAUAGACUAUGGCAAUAUACGUUACUUCAGUCUUUAUUUGUAAAACAUGCGUGUGUUGUGUUUUGUGAUUCUUAUAUCAAUUUGUGCAAAUGAAGCGGCGAGGAUAUUUGCCAUUUUUCCUACACCAUCUAUAAGUCAUCAAGUGGUAUUCAGACCUUUAGUACAAGAAUUAGUAAAACGUAACCAUGAAGUUGUUGUUGUCACCACAGAUCCAGCAUUCCCCAACGGUCAAGCGCCCGCGAACCUAACUGAAAUUGAUGUUCACGAAUUUUCAUACAAACUUUGGAGAGACAAAUUUUUAGAAGUCAGUUCAAGAGGUGACAAUGAUAUUUUUUCCCAAUUAAAAGUUGGUUUUAAAUUGAUCUCUAAAAUCUUCGGAGAACAAAUGCUUACAACUGAAGUGCAAGAAGUUAUUAAGGAUACAAAUAAAAUAUUUGAUUUGGUACUUGUUGAAGCAUUAGCUAGGCCAGCAUUAGCAUUAAAACAUGUACUUAAAGUGCCACUAAUACAAGUGAGUUCUUUUGGUGCGGUCACUGGUAACUACGAAACUAUUGGGGCACCAGUGCAUCCGAUUCUGUAUCCAACAAUCUUAAGGCAAAGGAUUUAUAACCUCACCUUCUGGGAAAAGGUUACAGAGUUAUACAACCACUACAGAAUCAACCGUUUUUAUGACAGUAUUGAAGAAAGCGAAAAUAAUAUGAUCAGGAACAUAUUCGGUGAAAAUAUUCCUAGUUUAUCAGAGCUGAGUUAUGAUGUGGAUAUGAUAUUUUUUAAUAUGAAUCCCAUCUGGGAAGGCAAUCGACCUGUACCUCCUAAUGUAAUUUACAUGGGUGGAUUGCAUCAAAAACCUGUUAAGCAGCUACCUCAGGACCUAAAGUCUUACCUAGACAAAUCCACGAAUGGCGUAAUUUACAUCAGUUUCGGAACUAACGUAAACCCAUCGCAACUACCACAGGAGAAGAUUCAGAUUUUAAUCAAAGUGUUUUCUCAGUUACCUUACAAUGUGCUUUGGAAAUGGGACAAAGACGAGCUGCCAGGUAUAACUGGAAAUAUCAAAAUAUCUAAAUGGUUCCCGCAAUCCGAUCUAUUAAGACAUCCGAACGUUAAGCUCUUCAUCACCCAAGGGGGACUGCAAUCUACAGAUGAGGCUAUAACAGCAGGAGUACCUCUGAUUGGUAUACCUAUGCUGGGAGAUCAAUGGUUUAACGUGGAAAAGUACACAUAUCAUAAAAUUGGCAAACGUCUCGAUAUAAAUACGAUAACGGAAGAGAAAUUUCGAGAUGCCAUAAGUACUGUUAUUGGUGACAAAAGUUAUCGUGAAAACAUUAUACGUCUUCGAACAUUAAUGAGAGAUCAACCUCAGUCACCAUUAGACCGAGCUGUGUGGUGGAUAGAAUAUGUAAUACGACAUGGUGGAGCUAAACACCUGCGUUCGCCUGCUGCAAACAUCUCCUGGGCAAAAUAUCUCGAACUUGAAUUUGUAGGAACUCUUUUAGCUUUAAUAUUAUCAGUAAUUAUGGCUAUUUUAUUAGUACUGUACUACUCAAUCAAAAUUCUUAGAAGAUAUAUAGGUAGUGUUAAAGUGAAAACAAGCUAACUCUGACGUGGUGAAUUUAAAUGUUAAUAUGAAAAGUUUACUUAUACUUUCUUAAAUAGUUUCAAAAUGUUUUGUUUCACCGGUAUUUCAACGACUUUAUUUUUGUAAAGAUAUGUAUUAAAACUGUGAA